AUGGCAGACCCAGAAGCGGCAUCUUUAAUCUCCACAAGGUCCAUACAACCUGCUCCAGCGACUCUAACCAAGCUCAUCAAACGUAUUCGCGCCUUGACGUUCAAGUUAUUGCCGGUACAAGUCAAUUUAGAGGAGCUCGCAGAGCCUACAUCACGCGUUAUCACUCCAAAGGUCAUCAACGCGUACGCAAAAGCGGCGGGUGACUUUGGAGAAGCGCUCCCGUACUGUCUCUUACGUGCUCGUCAAACCUUUAUAUGGGAUGCGAAUCAUAGUGCGGCAGACUAUGACGAGCAUAUGGGUCGUGCAAUUGCCUGUGAGGUCCUUGCCCGUCGUAUCGUCCACAAUGCACCACAGGAACGUCUAAAGUCCAUCAUGUCAACGCGCUACAGACACAAGGAGUGGGACGGUGAUGACAGUAGUCUAAGCUCUGCCCUCGAGCUCGCUAUUGAUCAACACUGUACCAUAUUCUUAUCAUCCAACGAGGCUCAGUUCGUGAUCGAUUCUCUAUGGAGUGGUACUUGGGUGCAACAGAAUAACGAGGACCACGACAUCGACUACGUCGAGUAUCGGCAGGUAGAAGAGAAAUCCUGGUGGAGACAUUUGGAUCCCUCUCGCAUGUCUGUCCCUCGGUACCAAAACGCGUUUCUUCGUCAACCGUUGGAAAAGGUGGAUCCCCACCACGAUUUCGACUUUUUCGAGGGGAUGCUUUACACGAUGGCUCUCGCAUUUUCGUUUGAAGAGACGCACAGACUGUACACAACCUUACGCUACUUUACGUGGAGAGCCUUUGGUUUCUGGACUAUUAUAGGUCUCAUCACUAAUGGUCUACUCAUCGCAGCAUUCGUGCUACGUAUUAUGGGUAUCGCAUCCCAUGACCAGACAAAAUCCGAUAACUGGCAUUUCAGAAGCUUUCAGGUGUUGGCCUGUGUCAAGUCUGACACCCCGUUUAGGAUGAGAGUCAUUACCGUCCUCGACGGCUUCAAAUAUAUUGGGACAAUGCAGAUUUGCGUAGCACGCAUGAUGCAAGAAUCUACCAUCUUCUUUGUCCUCCUCUCAAUUCUUCUCAUCGGCUUCUACCAGGGCAUGUACGCGUUGGAUGCCGCAGACGGUGUGACGGAUAAAGGCGGGGUCGUCAUGCACUCUUUACUCCAAGCUUUAUUACAGGCGCCAGACUUUAACGCGACCGAGGGAGCAUUUGGACUACUGCUAUAUUAUAUGUGGUGCUUGGUGACAACGAUUGUGCUUCUCAACGUCCUCAUCUCCUUGUUCUCGUCCGCAUAUGAAGAUGUUGUCGGAGCUGCAGAAAGUCACUAUUUGGCAUUUGUAGCCGGGAAAACAGUUUCGAUGAUUCGCGCACCUGAUUCCUACGUAUACCCUGCUCCGUUCAACUUGAUUGAAAUCUUCUUCAUCGCGCCACUCGAACCGUGCAUGCCCGCGGACACGUAUGCCAAACUGAACCGCGCAAUUAUGCGGACUCUGUUCUGGAUCCCGCUGACGUGCAUCGCGUUGUUCGAGGCGACACUGGACCCUCGGAAGAACGAGUUCACCAAGGCGUGGUUCGAGGCUAACGAAGAAGAGGCCGACGACAACCCGGAAUACCAGGAUCCCGAUGUGGAUUCUGAGAGCCGGGGGUAA